AUGUCGGAGCAACUCUGUCUUUCAAAACACGCACUGCACAGCGUCGACCUGCAACUGACCGAGCCCCAGGCCCGGAGGGAUGCCAUAGCGGGCUCGAUCGCGUUCCCCAUAUUGUCGCUCCCGGUCGAAAUCACAGCACUCAUUUUCACGCACUGCCUCCCCGACGACCCGCUCGAAUCCGGAUCCGAAAUCCCCGCACUCGUCUUGAGCGCUGUCUGUCGAGACUGGAGGGAGAUCGUGCUCGCACGCGCGCUUUUUUGGAGCUCUUGGUCGUUGGAUGUCGACCGGCCGGGCGGGGCUCGUGACACCACGUUCAUACAAAUGUGGCUGCGGAGAGCGCGGUCGAAUCUCAUCAACGUGCGCCUCUAUCAUCGCGAUUGUCCGGGUCAAGACGACGAGUGGAUAGACGAUCCAUGGUGGGACCGGGUGAAUGAGCGUUUGCCCGCUGCUCUCGACGUCGUGUUUGGACUGCAGGAACGAUUGGAGAGUCUUGAAAUAUCAUUCCCAUCAUCGACGUUGGCCAGAUAUCUCCCUGACGAAGUCCCCGCCGACGGGUUCCCUGUCCUGAAGCGGCUAGUGCUUGGGUCUGCGGCUGAAGCUGAGGGUGGAGGGAACCUCGCAGACCACGAACACUUUCCGAUUACGUAUUUUCGAGCUGCGCCCCAGUUGGAGUGUGCCACCCUGAUCAGAAGCGAGGACUGCACCUUUCUUGAUCUCUUCUUCAUCGAGCUUCCCUUCGAGCAACUGACGGACUUUGAAGGCACGAUGUUCAGUGCGUCGGGUGCGCUGGAGGUGCUUCGGACGACGCCAGAUCUUGUUCAGGCGACGUUCCAUCUCACGCGAGGAUCGCCUCUGUCACGGGGGGAGCCUUUCCUCCUCGCUCGAAUGAUUUCCUUGUCGCUUUGGUCUGCCGGGACGGGCGCGAGCCCCACUGACGUGCUUGAUUACCUUGUUCUGCCAGACUUGAAACUGCUCGCGAUGGGCAAGGAGACUCGGCCGAACGUUGAGCACCAGCCGUCCGUCGUAGAAAGGCUAGUUGAGCGGUCGGGUUGCUCCAUCACCCACCUCAGUUUGGCGUCCUGGCCUGCGCGGUCCGUUGUGUACACCCUUCUCCAUCUUCCGUCUCUCGAAAAUCUGGACCUCCAUGAAUACACGCAACCGCAAGCGGAGGAGGUCCUUCGAGCGCUCACGUGCUGGAUGAACGACACUUCCGCAGAGAGUAACCACCUCGGAAGCCGAUUGACUUGUUUCGCGCUGCAUUGCGAAAGGCGGCGCUUCGAUCGGCAGUUUUCGUACAACGCUAUGCUGGAUUUCCUCUACGCUGUGACCGACCGACCGGAGGGUGUGUUGACGCUGAGGUCUUUCGAGAUGGAGUGGACGGGGAUAUUCCCGCCGGCUGGACCCAGCCGAGAUGUCCUGAGCAAGCUGAGGGGGUUGACUGCACUUGGCUUAAACAUAGACUUGCACCCGUUUGAUAUCCACUCAGAGUAG